CGCCUAGUAUCUACUAGGCACAAACAAUUUGGCGCCCAGCUUGGGGCUAGGAGCAGAGCGCUUAAAUCGAAAGAUGGAAGGGAACUUCAGAACUCCGGUAAAAGACGUCAUUGGCGGGGAGAACAUCAGAGGUUUGGAAAUGCCGACGGUUGAGGAGGAAAAGGAUAUGGAAGAGCGCGUGAGAGAUCAGGGGCAGCAGAUCACCAGUAUGCAAGAAAGUUUGAGUCAGAUCCUCACCAUGCUCAAAACAAGAGACGAGCCCGAAAGUUCUAAGAUGCGAGGCGGAAAGGGCAAGGGGGUAGACCGAGAGAUGCCCCCCAGCCCCCCUCGCACGGAAGACGAAGAGUCAGACAGGGAAGAAGAGGCUGACGGCGUCCACCUGGACCUCCUCGAAGAACAUCUGCGGCCCUGCUACGGGAAGCCUAAAGGUUACAACGUUCUGCACAACCCUCUGGCGAAGAGUCUUUUCAAGACGCAGGUUCCAUCAAACUUCUCGUCGCUCGGUCUACCUGCAUACACAGGAAACUCCGACCCGUCGGACCACUUGAGCGCCUUCAUGCUCAAGAUGCAAUUGAUCAACGCCUCAGACGCUGAUCUGUGCAAGGCGUUUCCAGUCACUUUUGGGGGGCAGUGCCGAAGCUGGUACGCGUCGCUACCAGCCGGGAUAAUCGAGAAUUUUGAGCAGUUCGCCACCCUUUUCUCGCUGAAGUUCGCGUCUCAGCGAAGAAGGCAGCUCACGGUUUCCGCCCUCAUCAACUGCAAGCAAGGAGAAGAAGAAACCUUGGCAGACUUCUACGACCGGUGGAACACGAUAGCCUGUGAAGUGCAGGAUGUCUCAACCAGUGUGGCCGCCAAAAACCUGAGAAUGUCGACGCACAGCAGGGAACUAAAAAGGUCACUCAUCAAGAAGGAGCACAACAUCAAGUCUUGGCAAGAUUUAGGCCGCGUGGUACGGAAAGCCAUAUUCUUGGAAGAAGCGCUCAACGCCGAGGAGGGCGCGAAAGGAGGCCCAACGCCAUCGGGCAAGGCAGAUAAAGGAAGGAACGGGUCGCCAAAGCGAAGGGGGCGCACGCCCGAGCGGCGAAACUACAAACCCAGGUACAAUAACAGAGACGGAAGACGGGAAGUAUUCGCGUCAGAAAAGGAGGACGACGGGCGCCGUGAGGAGAGCAAAGCUCGAGAGACGCGUCCUCGCCAAAGGAGGGAAGAAGACCAAAAAUGGUGCGACUGGCACCAGCUGCCGACUCACGACACCACUGAGUGCCGCGAGUUCAAAGCCAGCCUCAAAUACCUGGCACCGGGAGACCUGAAAAGCCGCCUGGACACACGGGGGCAUCACAGGGAGAGAGCUGAUGAAAAGAAUAGGUCACCCAGCCCGAGGAGAAGGUCCCGCACGCCCAGACGUCGGAGAUCCAGGUCGCCAAGGAGGGAGCGAACGCCCCGCCGGGAGCGCUUGCCCCCACCACCGCCCAGGCACGCCCCUCCUCAUCGGCACCCGCCUCGAGAGGAAGAGGAAGGGGUCGAGAUAAUCACCAUCGCCGGAGGACACAAGCGCCCUCGAACUGAAGGAGACCGCUUGGUACAAUGCAUGAACGUGAACAAGAAAGAACAAGUCGAGAUCAGUUUCACGCCCUCAGAGCUGGCUCCCGAGGAAUGCGGAGAAGAUCCGUUGGUCAUUUCUUUCCGCACAAAGAAGUUCAAAGUCACCCGAGCCUUGGUCGACAACGGAAGUUCGGCAGACAUCCUUUUCUACUCCACGCUCAAGAGCAUGAAAAAGGGGUUACAAGACCUCAAGCCAUCCACGACUAGUCUAGUGGGUUUCUCCGGAUCCAAGGUCAGGGUUCUGGGCUCCAUCACCCUCCAGGUGACGAUCGGGAGUCCGGAGGUGACGAAGACGCGCCUUAUGGACUUCCACGUAGCGGACUGCCCCUCCGCCUACAAUGCCAUACUGGGGCGCGGUUUCCUGUCAGGCUUCUCAGCGGUCCCCUCUACCUGCCAUCAGAUGCUUAAGUUUCCCGCCAGGGGCAGGAUAGGGCGCGUCCUUGGUGACUCCCAGCAAGCCAAAGAGUGCUACCAAGCAACCAUCAGGAACUUGGAGGUCGAUCAAGUGGACACAAGAGGAAGUCAUCCACGCCCCGAAGCGGCCGAGGAAGACGUCGCGGUCGUUCUAGACGACGACGAGCCAGAAAAGAAGGUUAGGAUCGCAGCUCACCUGGCGGAGGAGCAGGCGAGGAAGCUCUUAUCUCUCUUAAAAGAGUUCAAGGAUCUAUUCGCGUGGACGUCGGAGGACAUGCCGGGCGUCCCGCGAGAGUUAGCCGAGCACUCCCUAUCAGUCAAAAGCAAGGCGCGGCCCGUGCAACAAAGGAGGAGAAACACCUCCCUCGAUAAGCAGAUGGCGUUAGAGGACGAGGUGAAGCGCUUGCUGAAGGCAGGGUUCAUCAGGGAAGUGAAGUACCCAACGUGGCUGGCCAACCCUGUCUUCGUGCGAAAGGCGUCUGGCCUUUGGCGGAUGUGCAUCGAUUUCACGAGCCUCAACGCAGCCUGUCCCAAGGACGCGUAUCCCCUCCCCAGAAUUGACCAGCUGAUCGACGCGACCGCAAAUCAUGAAACGUUAAGUUUCCUGGACAUGUUCUCAGGCUACCACCAGAUACGCCUGUCAGAGGAAGACCAAGAGAAGACCGUGUUCAUGACACACAUGGGCAACUUCUGCUACAUGGUCAUGCCUUUUGGCCUAAAGAACGCGGGCGCAACGUACCAGAGGAUGAUCGAUACGGUGUUCCAGAAGCAGCUGGGCCGAAACGUGGAAGCCUAUGUCAAUGACGUCCUGGUCAAAAGCAAGAAAGGGGCCGAUCAUUUGGCCGAUCUACGGGAAACGUUCGAAACGCUCCGAAGAGAACGCCUCCGACUGAAUCCGCUGAAAUGCGUGUUCGGAGCGAAGGCGGGAAAAUUUUUAGGGUUCAUGAUCACUAACAGGGGCAUAGAAGCAAACCCAAAGCAGAUCGAAGCAAUCCUCAGCCUGAAGCCGCCCCGCACGGUGAAAGAAAUACAAGCAUUCAACGGAAAGAUGGCCGCCCUGAGCCGCUUUAUUCCGCGGUCGGCAGACAAGUGCUCACCUUUUUUCCAAAUGCUGAAGAAAUCCGCAUCUCGCCUGCAAUGGGGACCGGAGUGCGAUAAAGCCUUUUUCCAAUUGACGGAACAGCUAGCCUCACCUCCCGUCCUCAGCGCCCCCCUACAGUCCGAGCCCCUAUAUCUGUACCUAGCGGUCUCUGAUCAUGCAGUCAGCUCCGCUCCGGUAAGGAGGGACGCCGAUGGUACAGACCGUCCCGUGUACUAUGUCAGCAAAGCCCUUCUUCCAGCUGAGAGACGAUAUAUGCCAAUUGAAAGGGCGGUCCUGGCGGUCAUAUCAGCGGCAAGAAAGCUGCGCCCUUACUUCCAGGGGCACCCAAUCACCGUCCUGUCCAACCUUCCUUUGAGGAAGAUUCUCAGGAGCUUGGACGCAUCAGGAAGGAUGACUAAAUGGGCAGUCGAACUCAGCGAGUACGACAUCACGUAUGCCCCUCGCCCUUCCAUAAAGGGACAGGUGCUGGCGGACUUCGUAGCGGAAGGUUUUAGCCUCGACGCGGCCGAGGCAGAGGGGAAGGUUGAAGUGUGGCGCCUGUUCGUGGACGGAGCUGCCGGGAAAGGAGGAUCAGGUGCUGGAAUUGUGCUCGAGUCGCCUCGAGGAGUCAUACAUGAGUUCUCUCACAGAUUCCAAGAACUGAAAACCAACAAUGUUGCGGAGUACGAGGCCCUCUUAAGCGGUCUCAGAAUCGCCAUGGGAAUGGGCGCCACCCGCCUACACAUCUCCUCUGACUCUCUGUUGGUAGUCAAUCAGGUCCUGGAAAACUACGAAGCUAAAGAGGAAGCGCUAGCGAAGUUAGCCGACGAAGUCAGAGGCGUUCUUGCGCAGUUGGAAGAGUGGAAGCUAGAACAUGUAAAGCGAGAGGACAACCAUCACGCGGACGCCUUAUCCAAGCUGGCCACGGCUAUGGACUUCGAAGGAGACCGUCAAGUCACCAUUACCAAGGAGGCCCCGCCCAACGAGGGGGUGAUGGCCAUCGAGGAAGGGGCGGCCGACUGGCGCUCCCCUAUUGUCGAAUACCUACAAGCUGACGUCCUGCCAAGCGAUGAGGCCCAGGCAAAGCUGAUCAAGCGGAAGGCCGCCCAUUACAGCAUGGUGGGAGGGCAGUUACACAAGAGGUCCUUCUCAGGCGCCUACCUGAAGUGCUUGAGCCCUGCAGAGGCAGAAUGGAUCAUCAAGGAGAUACACCAAGGCACAUGCACCUCGCAUGCUGGCCCGAGAGGCCUUGAGAAGACCAUCCUGCUACAAGGCUACUACUGGCCAACGGUGAAAAAGGAUGCUGAAAAGGCGGUCCGCGCGUGUCACGAAUGCCAAAUCCACGCCAGCAAGCAACAUCUGCCCAGCGCGGAACUAAGGAGCAUAACAAGCCCGUGGCCAUUCGCACAAUGGGGGUUGGACCUGCUGGGUCCCUUUCCAACCGCCCCCUUGGGCAAGAAAUAUCUGGUGGUGGCGGUCGACUACUUCACAAAAUGGAUGGAGGCCGAGCCGUUGGAUACGAUUACCAGCGCCAAGAUCCAGAAGUUUCUCUUCAACAACAUAAUGAUCAGGUUUGGUACUCCCCAUACAAUCAUUACUGACCAUGGGACACAGUUCGAUUGCAGGCCGUUCGAAAAUUUCUGCGCCAGGAACCGCAUCACAUGCAGAAUGGCCUCAGUCGCAUUCCCGCAAGCCAAUGGGCAGGUGGAGUCGUCCAACAAACUCAUCCUCAGAGGUCUGAAAAGGAGGCUCAAGGAAGCCAAAGGAGGGUGGACCGCCGAGUUGCCACACGUGCUCUGGGCGCACCGGACAAACUACAAGAGAGCAACCGGGGAGACUCCAUUCGCCCUGACGUAUGGCUCCGAAGCAGUUGCUCCCACUGAGGUUAUUCUGCCCUCCCUAAGGGUCCAGACGUACGACCCCGAGGAAAACCACAGAAAGCUCCUCCACCAGCUGGACAUGAUAGAAGCAAGAAGAGACGCGGCCUUGGUACGAACCAUCCAAGAAAAGCUCAAGGUGGCCAAAAUCUACAACGAGAAGGUAAAGCCUCGACCGCUUGAAGAGGGAGAUAUGGUACUCAAGAGGAAUUUCGAACAGAAAGAGGGGCACGGCAAGCUAGCCGCCAUCUGGGAAGGACCGUUCCUGGUAGCAGAGAAGAUAGGGACCGCCACGUAUGUGCUGGCUACUAUGGAGGGGCAGCCUGUGGCCAAGACUUGGAACGCCAUCCACCUAAGGAAGUACCAUAGCGAGUAGGAACGAGUUAUCCGUAGGAAUUUUGUAAGAAGUCAAUGCCGCGGUCAAACGCGCUUUUAUGAUAGUGGUAGUCCACACUCCUGUCAGUGACUUCAGUAAUUCAAGUCGCCGCUGAGCGAUAGGUUUUCAUGUUGUUAACAUAAGUUAUCCCCAUAACUCUCGGCUAGCACCGCCGCUAACUACGACGCCAUAUUAGAGCUGAAACGCCCCAGAGCAGUAGCUACACACUGUACAUACACGCUUUACAAACUCUGCGCGCUUCUCAAGGUAAUUGCGGUCCGCGCGUGCCACACGGCCAGCUAAGUUCGUAACUUGAACAAUAGGGGUACAAACACCCAACCCGAACGAGAGCUAUGUCAUCGAGUAAUGGGAUAACAUAGCAUUUUACGAAAUUGCGCAAGUAAAAUCCAACUUCGCAAAUUUGGAAGCCGCCUUCGUGCAACAGGAGGCGCCUACCUCGAAGAGGACGUCUCACCCGUCACAAAAAAGGAGUGAAAGUCAAGGCAACCGAAACCGCAAAUAAAGGUCCUAAACACUC